GCCUGCGAGCCCGGGAGCCAGCAAGCGGCCGCGGCCUCCCCUGCGCGCAGCGACCCGGCGUCCCGGCCGGUGGGGCACACAGACCCCGGGGCCCGCGCCCCCCCCCGGGCAGGGAUGCAUCAUGGCCACGCUGGCCUGUCGGGUGCAGUUCUUGGACGACACGGAUCCUUUCAACAGCACCAACUUCCCGGAGCCCAGCCGGCCGCCGCUGUUCACGUUCCGCGAGGACCUCGCUCUGGGCACCCAGCUGGCCGGGGUCCAUCGGCUGCUGCGGGCACCGCACAAGCUUGACGACUGUACCUUGCAGCUGUCUCACAAUGGUGCCUACCUGGAUCUGGAGGCCACGCUGGCAGAGCAGCGGGAUGAACUGGAAGGAUUCCAGGAUGACACGGGGUAAGUGCAACCACUGUCCCAGCGCACUGGCCCUACUUCCUGAAAAUGGGGGUGCAUUCAAGCCUCAGCAUACUUUGGAGAAACUACCAUGGCUUUGACCUUCACUCACAGUCCUAUGA